AUGGACCGGGAAGCCGCCAUAGAAUUGGGUGUCCAGAAACUUCGAGUGUACGGGGACUCUUUCCUAAUCAUCAACCAAAUUUCCGACAAAUGGAAGGUUAGAAGUGAAAAUUUGGCCCUUUACCAGUCCUAUCUCGAAAAGCUGUCCGAACAAGUGGAAGAGCUUCGUUACACAUACCUACCCAAAGAACAGAAUCAGUUUUCCGAUGCACUGGCAAAACUAGCAUCAAUGAUCAAUAUUCUAAAUGUCAUGGCUGAAAUGCCCCUUACGAUUGAAACCCGUCAAGAAGCAGCAUAUGUUCAUGCUAUUGAAGAUGUCGAGCCUGACAAAGACUAA